UAAAAAAGUUUACUUUGAAUACCAAUUUUAGAAAAGAAAUGUAAAAUACGAGUACAGAUUUGAAAAAAAAUAAAAAAAUAAAAAAUUUCGCUCUUAAGAUAAAUAAUCGGGACGUUUCAGACAUUUUGUUUAGCAAAUAAUUUGAUUCCAACUUUUACAUUCAGCGUAUGCGAAUGAGAAUCGAAGAGGAGAACAAAAACACGGACACGGAUAUCUCAACAUCGACUCGAGGAGUAAGCGGUCCCGUGGGUUACCCCUUGAUCUAGCCGGGCUGCUUCCGUAUAUUCCGGGGAUGCUGCGCGCGCGCACCGGGGGUUGCGUUCUGGUCUCAUCUCAGUUUCGCAGCCUCCCUUUCGCGACCCGUAUCAAGUCCGCCGCGGCUCAAUCAGAGGUGUGUGCCAAUUCCCGUAAUCCGUCGUCCCAGGUAUUCUGCGGGUGUCACCGGGCCUCGCCAAUUGUUAUCGCGAUCCCGGACGGCUUCGAGUGGUCAUCUCCCUCGUCCUGGAUCAUGCUCGAUCCGGAUGCAUCGCCCGGAAAACGAAAACUGUGAUCGUGAGACAUCGGGAUCUGUCGGAAAGGGAAGAAUGAGUUCCGCGCGUACGAAUAAAAUUGAUGAUAAACGGCCAUGCGAAUAUCGAGACGAGCGUUAAGGAAAAGAGAAUCAAACAAAUACAGUCGAAGACAAUUUCAACCGCAAACUUUCUCGAUGUGGUUUCGCUACUUAACAUACCGUUAGUAGCAGCUGAAGCGAGAUAAGCGGCGAAGUUGCAAGAAUUGCACUUAACGAUGUAAAGAAGACAGGUACUUAUUCGCUAUGUUUCUAACAUGGAAUCUGAUAUCAGAUCCGCUGCUGUUUGAGGUAAAAGUCGAAUAGUUUAACCGCGCUGAUGUCUAAUCUGUCGUAAAAGCUCGCCAUAAAUGAAAUGGCGUGCGUGGGCAAUUGCAUGUAUAUGUACAUAUAUAUACCCGUGUGUGUGACAAUGUAAGUCUUUUAUGCGUCCUGCAAUAUAUUGACCUAUCGGUGAGCAAUUUCUGGUGUACCUUACACGAUGAUUGUUGAUGCCUUCGAAACGAGAACAGAGCAGAAUUGUGCGACAGAUUAAUUCAGGAUUGCGAGCACAUAAGAAUUAGACGUAAUAACGAUGUAGAAGAGGAAGAGAGAAACGGAGACACGAUGAUCGCAGAGCAAAAGAUCAAAUAUACCGUAGAUUAUCCAGUUGGUUCAACUUGUGCCCUUAACAUCCCGAUCGACAUCCCGAUGGAUUCAUUUGCCUACCAGAUCUCCUGGUGAUGUAUCGUCGAGCACGUAUGAAAUGGCAGAAACACAACUCAACCACACAACUUAUGCCGAAACGACGGCGAGCAAGCUGAAUCUCACGUCGAUGGCGUAUCUUCCUUCCACCGUGGUCGCGGCCGCAAUUAAAGCCGAGACGACGAUCCCGACUAAUCCGUCCACAAUAGUGACGGGCGAUCCUGCAGCCGUCACUACCGUCAAACCGCACCAUCAUGUCUACAAUGUGACAGAUCAUCUCGUAGAACAGGACGAGCUCGAUCAUAGUAUCCUUCCCAGCUUUUCAGACAUACAAACAGUUAUACUCGCGUCAAUAACAACGUUAUUACCGCUGAUGGUCACCUUUGUAAUCGCUUUAGGCGCCAGACGUGUAUGGCGAAGAUAUCGAGAAGGCAUAGGCAGCAGACACACCGGUUUAUACGGUUGGUGCAAGCACAACCGCGAUAAUGCAGUCGAAUCGCAGCAUCAUCAUCCACAUUCCGGAAGUGUUCCCGUUGAAGCUGCUACGAGGGUUCUCUCCGCACAGGACUUGGUGAAUGGCCUAGAUGUACCCCGAUACAUGUGCGAAACGGAGGUGAUGGAGGAGGUGAACGUUGCACCAGAGGCGGCCGUAAUGGAGUUCGCCACUUCCGGCAAUCACACCAGCAAAAAUGCGAAUGGGAACAUCAUCACCCUUACGCUCAAGAAUAAUCAUCUCAUCGUAGAAACCGAGGAACGCGCGGUGACGAUGGAAGACAGCAAGCCUGCGUCGAGAUACAAGGACAACGGUUGUUCAUUUGUGGUGGAAGUGCAGCCGGAUUACGACAAGGAAGAAACGGAAGGUAACAAAGGAUCCUCCGAUGACGUAACCGCCGCUGUUACCGAUCAACAGGCGCUGGUGCACAGAGAGGAAAUACCAGACGAUAGAUCUUCAGGUUUCGAAAAUACGCGACUGUUUGGAAGCACCAACACCGGUCUAUCGCAGUCGGAUCUUUCGAUAUCCAGUCAAGGUUCGGCCAAUCCGAGUUAUCGCUACGGUAACCAGAUGGAAUACGACUCCGGUCAUCUCGGUUAUCCUAUGUACGGCGGUAGUUACGAAUCCGAUGCGCCGUCGAGAAAACUAGACGGACGAUCUAAAUGGGUGGAAUUCGACAAAUCGCCAGAUAUAGAUAAAACACUGUUGGACGAUUCCAGAAAUUUGACCAGCGAGGAGGACGAGGAGAAAAGUCCGGAAUUCUUUGGUAAAUCAAAAAACGUGUCGUCGCUGCAAGACGUCGUGAGCGGAUCGAUACGGGAGGACUCGCUGGAUAUCGACAGUUACCCGGACGCCGUGCGAUCGAAUCCGAAUCUCCAAGUGAACGGCGCGACACCCAACAAGCUGGAGAUUAUGGAGCAAAAGGCUCUGAGCAACGAUUUCGCUAAUAAAACGGAGUGCCACAAGCCCGUGAUAACCGGCGCGCUACUGAAGGACGAUGUUCAGGAGGACGCGUUCCAGGAGCAGCAGCGUAAACUGGGUAACGGCACGCUGACGCCGGAGCACAAGAUAGACAAAACGACGACGACGACGACAACGACAACGACGACGACUGCGAAUCGCAAGCCGGAAGGCAGCGUCUUCGUGCCGAGUCACAAGCGCGCAGGUAGCAUUCCGCCGCGACUGAUCGAGGAAACGCUCGAGAUGGAUCGCAAGAAAUCGCUGGACAUCUACAACAAGUACAGUCAAAUCAAAACUAACACCAGGAGCAUGCUGCCGACUCUGAGUCCGAAAUUCGAGCUGCUGCAAAACGAGGUGAGUCCUAUCGAGGAGAAAGAAAGUUAAUGUGCGAGCGUCACGAUGAAAGGCAGCCCCUCGUCGUCGUUUGAAUCGAUCGGCCGACCGUCGUCGGGAUGAUGCAACGCCCUCGGGAUUAAUUGCAACGAAAGAUACUAGUCAGGGAUUAUUGAAGAAAUGCAGCGAAUAUGGUGUAUUUGUAGGACUUAUAUUACUUGGUAUAGCGAGUAUAUGUACGUAAUGGAAUCGGUAAUCGCAAUGAUCGAUCACGGCUCUCUAUUUGCGCGGAUGAUAACGAUUUCGCAAGUUUGAGAACGAAUAGCUAAAACAAGUACCUAAAUAUGUAAAUCCCAUACGACGAGGCGGAUUUAACGUGACAUAAAUUAGCAUUUAACAUAUAA